GGCCGCCCGCCAGCCAGCCAACGAAACCCUACUGAGGUUAUUCAAGAACAGCCAUCCCAUCACCAGCCGCUAUAGAGAAACCAACGGCAAACUGUUUAGACAUUGGAGUGAGAACCAAAAUCAUCAAAAGAGCUGGCUGGUUGCUGCAGAAACAUUCUCAAAUCCAAACCCCCAUCAUGUACCAAUGCUUUACAAGUUCUUUGCCGCCAAACCCACUUCAAGAAACGGGAUAUGUCAUCAAUCCGGUGGUCACUUCGAGCCAGAGACUAUGGUACUACUUGCUUCACCAACCACCCGAACCCUGAAAUCUCCUGCUUUUAUGAAAAGGGUUUUUCUCAAAUAAGCACAGAAACCACUGGCAAAGCCUUACAUGCACUUUGUAUCAAGGGUUUAAUUCAUUUGAGUGUGUUUUUCACGAAUACGUUGAUUAACAUGUACUCCAAGUUUGGGGACUUGGGUCGUGCGCAUUACUUGUUUGAUAAUAUGUUUGAGAGAAAUGAAGUUUCCUGGAACACUUUGAUGUCAGGAUUUGUGCGGGUUGGUUUUUAUCGACAAGCCAUGGUGUUCUUUUGUGAAAUGCUGGAUUCUAGUGUUAGGCCAACUGGGUUUCUGAUUGCUAGCUUGAUAACUGCAUGUGAUAGGUCAGCGUGUAUGGUUAAAGAAGGGAUUCAAGUGCAUGGUUUUGUUUUUAAAGUUGGUCAUUUAAGUGAUGUGUUUGUGGGUACUUCUCUCCUGCAUUUUUACGGAGCAUAUGGUGCUAUUUUAGAUGCCCAAAAGCUAUUUGAAGAGAUGCCUGAGAAGAAUGUAGUUUCCUGGACUUCACUGAUGGUUAGUUAUUCAGAUAAUGGAGAUCCUAAAGCAGUUAUAGACUUAUAUCAGCAUAUGAGAAAUGACAAGUUUAGCUGCAACCAGAAUACAUUUGCUAGCGUGAUUGCUGCUUGUGGGUCUCUUGAGGAUGAAUUGUUGGGUCAUCAGGUUCUUGGGCACGUUGUGAAGUCUGGUCUUGAGAAUGAUGUUUCAGUGGCUAACUCUCUUAUAUCAAUGUUUGGUAGUUUAGGGAAUCUUGAAGAUGCUUGCUAUAUCUUUGAUCACAUGGAUGAGCGUGAUACAAUCUCAUGGAACUCAAUAAUUUCUGGAAAUGUGCAUAAUGCUUUUUGUAGAGAGUCACUGCAACAUUUUGACAGAAUGCGUUGGAGUCAUAACCAAUUAAAUGCUACUACGCUUUCAAGUUUAUUAACAGCCUGCAGUUCAGUGGAUAACUUGAAAUGGGGAAGAGGAAUUCAUGGUAUAACAUUUAGGCUAGGACUGGAUUCAAAUGUUUGUGUAAACAACAGCCUUCUAGGUAUGUAUUUUGAGGCAGGCAGUGUUGAAGAUGCAGAGUUUGUUUUCCAAGAAAUGCCAGAGAGGGAUUCAAUCUCAUGGAAUUCCAUGAUAGCCAGAUAUAUUCAACACGGAAGAAGCCUUGCUGCCUUGGAAAUAUUUACUGAAAUGCUUAAAAUGGGAAAGAUGAUAAAUUAUGUGACUUUUACCAGUGCAUUGGCUGCCUGUUCAAAUCCUGAAUUUCUUAGAGAAGGGAAAAUUAUUCAUGCCCUUCAAAACGAGUAUUCAAAAUAUUGCCCAGGCGAGAUGAAGUGACCUGGAAUGCUCUCAUUGGUGGUCAUGCAGAAAGUGAAGAACUGAAUGAUGUGGUAAAAGCUUUCCAAUUGAUGAGAGCAGAAGGUAUACCUGCAAACUACAUCACCCUUGCAAACUUUCUUGGUGCUUGCUCAACCCCUGAUAAUUUACUAACA